AGGGAGGCAUGCAUGCAGUACAGUGUGAGUAUGUGCUGUUUCUAACUGUGAGGUAGGAGGAGAGGAGGAACAGGAGAAGGAGGAGGAAGGGGUGCUUCCUCUUUAGUUUUGGGUUGAGCUGCUGAUGUAUCCCAGCAGCACCAGCACACAGCAACAGGAAACCUUAGUAUAAAAAGCUGCAUCGCAGGGGGAACCCUCCUCAGAGUCUCUCAGCCACAGCAUGACCAGGACCGAGAGCCUGAGAGUUUGGACUUAACAAAACAAUGCCCAGCCUAAUCGUCGAACCACUCAACACACAUCACUUCAUCAUGGACAGGGAUGACAAGAAGAGAAACAAGAACAUUGGAAAGAACUUUAUGUGCCGACUCCAGUGCAUGUUCUCACACUCGUCAAGCUCUGAGAGGCUAAGUUUAGAAGAUACCCAACAAUGGUCACAGUCACUGGAAAGGCUUCUCGAGUCUAAAUAUGGACUGGCUACUUUUCGCAACUUUCUCAAAUCUGAAUACAGCGAUGAGAAUAUUGAGUUCUGGCUCACCUGUGAGGACUACAAGAAGAUCAAGUCUUCAUUCCGAAUGUCCUCAAGAGCCAAGAAGAUUUAUGAGCAGUUCAUUAAAGCAGAGUCACCUAAAGAGAUCAACAUUGACUAUCACACCCGAGAGCAGAUCAAAAGGAACGUCAAGACUCCCACCAUGCACUGCUUUGACGACGCUCAGAAGAUAGUUUACGGUCUGAUGGAAAGAGACUCGUACCCACGGUUCCUCCGCUCGGACAUUUAUAGAACUCUCCUGGAAAACCUCGCCGCCGACGCCACGAAGGGAUGAAAGCAUGGUCAGAAGGAAAGAGGACGGACAUUAAAACCCAUAACUGGAAUGUUUGUGCUCCUUCAGGAGGAAGGACUGACAACAAAGAAGGAAGGAGGGUCGGCCAGCACGGCACUCGGACACAUACUAAGGCCUCACACCUCGGCAUCGCCAUUAGAUCCAGAAGCAAACUGUGCUUUAGUUCCGCCUCGGGGAGGAUCCCCACACUGAGCACCACACACCUGAGGACUGUGUAAGAAGAAGCACAACCAGCACUUAUGAUAAUGAUCCUGUAGUGUGUGUUUGCACUGGAUGAUAAGUUUGUGUAUGUCAGUGUGUGUGUUCGACAGCGAGUGAAUCAGCAGGGUGACUGAGUCCUGCUUCGACUGUGGAGCUGCGUAAGCAAAACGUUCAACAGACGCCCUUGGGCCUUCUUUGCGGAGGUGUUUCCUAUGCAGAUAAAGAUAGAAGAUGUAAGAUACAGCGGAUACACUUGAUUAACUGUGUGUGUGAGUGCAUGCGUGUGUGUUUGUAGAAAGAGAGAAUUUAGCUGUAGUGUUUAACCGCCGCGGACUCAGAAUAAGCUGUCACAAAGGAGCUGGCCAAUUAUUCAAUGACAGCACUAAGGAAGACAAUAAAUCCAUAGUGGACAGAGGAUUCAAUACUGAUAUGUCACCCUUAGUAAAAGGUUGUAGAAGGCCACUUAGUUCUACAAGAAGUAUCGUGGAACACUUUAAAGGACCUUUCUUUAUUUCUUUUUAAUCUAGAUCGGACCCAUACGGGGUUUUAAAAACUGAUUGCAGAUAUUUGUUUUAGAUUUAAGCUGUCUAUAAGUGAUUUUUUUUGUGCCAAUAUUUAAUAUCUUCAAGCUUGAUCAAGUAGUUUCUUUCAAUAAAAAUCCUGGAUUAUUAUAUUUUUAUGAUAUCAAAACACAAUCAUGCACAUUUUUGCAUGGAAUCUUAACAGAAUGUUGCACUCUAGCAAUCGAGAGCCUCCCAUUUACGGACAGUCACGUCUAAUUUCAUUCCUCCGCACUCGACUUCUGGCCAAAGUCUAAACCAAAAUACUCAUAGCACUGAAAUGUCAAAAGUUGUGAUUUUGUGUAAUAAACCGCUCGAGUGGAAUAAUUAUAGAAUAGGAUGUUUCACGUUGCAUGAUAGAAUGUUAAAACUCCUUGUAUACCCUGAGAAUAGGCCUUGUUACUGCUUUCUAAAGCAUGUUGUGUGAAUGUAUUCUUAGGGAGUUAAUAGCUAAGUUAACUUAAAAAGAUAAACAUUGUUUUAUUUAUUAUUCAUUGUCACCAUUUGAGUACAAAGUUUGCUGCAGUGUUGAAGUGCUUGUUAAAAUGUUAGUGAUUGAAAUGACAUUAAAUUAUUUAAAUCGC